AGCUGGAGACCAUCGCGCUGUGCAGUCACAGUGGAAGCAGACGCAGCGCUUGUUGGUUCGUUACUAGUGAAAUCUUAGGAAAAAAUCCAGAUCGUACGAGGAAGAGGAAGAACUGCGCUGUACCAUUAUGAAGCUCUCAAUUCUUGUUGCUGUCUUUUUAUCUGUAUUGGGAGUUAUCACACCUGUUCCAGUUGGGAAGGAGGGAAGAAGAGAGGACUUGGUGACCCGAUGUAUCGUCGAAGUCUUUUCCAAUGCACUUUCCAAACCAAACGCUCCUCUUGUUGAUCCAGCAUGCAAAGAAAUUCUAAAGACAAGUGCAAAACAUGAGAUGACGGAAAAGAAGAGUAAUGAAGAGCUUGUGAAUUUUGGGGAUUUUGGCAACCAUAAACAAGAACCUGAAGAGGAGUUAAAGAGAUAUCUGGAGGAGCCUAACCUAAAGGAGAAAGAGUUGGAGGAAAAAAGAAGCUUUCAAGAUGACGAGGAUCAAAGACAUGUCAAAGAGAGCGAGGAGAAACGACACCACACAGCAGACAAAAGAAGUGAGGAGACCAGCAGUCAAGAAGAAAAAAUGCACUAUGAUGCGGAAGACAAAAGGCAUUAUUCAGACAGUGAAGAAGAUGAAAUCAGAAAACGUAACCACCAUACAGAAGUUGAAGAAAAGAGACAUACAAGUGAGGAGUAUCCUCUGGAUCUGAGUGAGGAGUUGGAUAAAAUAUCUCAUCAUGGUCAUAAUAAGAGAAGUGGGGAGGAAUCUAUUGAAGAGCAGGCUCAUGGGGAGCAUGAUCAGGAGAUGAGAUCAGAAGAAGAGGAGAGCGAUGCAAGAGAAAAACGCAGAUACAGAAGUCACAGACACUAUCAUAGAAAACACAAAAGGAACUAUUCCUCUGAAGAAAAGAGAAGCAAAGAGUCAGACGAGUCUAACAAGUCUAAAGAGGAAGACGACAAACGACGCCACAACGAGAUUAGAAAUUUUCCAGAGGGAAGCUAUGAAGAGUGGUCAGAUAAGAGACAUCAUUCUGAAGAAAAGAGACACCACACUGCUGAGAAAAGACACCAACCUGAAGAAAGUGAUGAAGAUGAUGAAGAGCAGAAACAUCACCAAAAGGAAAAUAGACAUUAUUUUGAAGAAAGUGAAGAAGAGAAAAGGCAGCACAGUUUUGAAAAAAGACACCAUUCCAAGGAAAGUGAGGAAGAAGAAAAACACCACCACAGUGAAGACAAGAGACGCCAUUCUGAAGAAAAUGAAGAGGAAGAGGCAAAAAGACACCAUGAAGAAAAGAGACAGGUCUCUGAAGUAAGAGAAGAGGAAAAAAGACACCAUUCUGAGGAAAGUGAAGAGGAGGAGGAAAAGAGACACCAUGAAGAAAAGAGACACAAUUCAGAGGAAAGUGAGGAGGAUGAAGGGCACCAUGGCUUUGAGGAAAGACACAAUUCCAAGGAAAGCAAAGAGGAGGAGGAAAAACUACACCAUGAGGAAAAGAGACACCAUGAGGAAAAGAGACACCAUGAGGAAAAGAGACACAAUUCAGAAGAAGGUGAAGAGGAUGAAGGGCGCCAUGACUUUGAGAAAAGACACAAUUCCAAGGAAAGCGAACAGGAGGAAAAACGGCACCAUGAGGAAAAGAGACACCACAAAGAAAAGAGACACCAUGAGGAAAAGAGACACAAUUCAGAGGAAAGUGAGGAGGAUGAAGGGCACCAUGGCUUUGAGGAAAGACAGAAUUCCAAGGAAAGCAAAGAGGAGGAAAAACGACACCAUGAGGAAGAGAGACACCACAAAGAAAAGAGACACAAUUCAGAGGAAAGUGAGGAUGAUGAAGGGCACUAUGGCUUUGAGGAAAGACACAAUUCCAAGGAAAGCAAAGAGGAGGAGGAAAAACUACACCAUGAGGAAAAGAGACACCAUGAGGAAAAGAGACACAAUUCAGAGGAAGGUGAAGAGGAUGAAGGGCACCAUGACUUUGAGAAAAGACACAAUUCCAAGGAAAGCGAAGAGGAGGAAAAACGACACAGUGAGGAAAAGAGACACCACAAAGAAAAGAGACAUGAUUCAGAGGAAAGUGAGGAGGAUGAAGGGCACCAUGACUUUGAGAAAAGGCACCCUUCCAAGGAAAGUGAAGAGGAGGAGGAAAAACGACACCAUGAGGAAAAGAGACACAAUUCAGAGGAAAGUGAGGAGGAUGAAGGGCACCAUGACUUUGAGAAAAGACACAAUUCCAAGGAAAGCGAACAGGAGGAAAAACGGCACCAUGAGGAAAAGAGACACCACAAAGAAAAGAGACACAAUUCAGAGGAAAGUGAGGAGGAUGAAGGGCACCAUGACUUUGAGGAAAGACACAAUUCCAAGGAAAGCGAAGAGGAGGAAAAACAACAUCAUGAGGAAAAGAGAAACAAUUCAGAGGAAAGUGAGGAGGAUGAAGGGCACCAUGACUUUGAGAAAAGGCACAAUUCUAAGGAAAGUGAGGAGGAGGAAAGACGACACCAUGAGGAAAAGAGACACCACAAAGUAAAGAUACACAAUCCAGAGGAAAGUGAGGAGGAAGAAGGGCACCAUGAAGAAAAACAACACCAUUCAGUUGAAAGCCGUCACCAUGAACUAAAGAGAAGCCACUCUGAGGAAAGUGAAGAGGAGGAAGAAAAGCGCCACUACAGUGAAGACAAGCACCAGCACUCUGAAGAAAGUGAAGAAGAGACACAGAAACAUCACAGUCAAGAGAAGAGACAUCAUUCUGAAGAAAGUGAAGAGACAGAGAAACAACAUCACAGUCAAGAGAAGAGACGUCAUUCUGAAGAAAGUGAGGUAGUGAAAGAAAGCCCAGAAGGAUACAGGAUUCGUGAAGAUAAAAGGCAAUACCUUGGAGAAGAUAGUGAUGAGGAGCUAAAAAAGAGACACCAUCCUUAUGAGAAGGCACAUUAUAGUGAGGUAGAAGAAAAUAAGCACCAUGGCGAAGAUAAGAGAUUUCAAAGUCAGGAAGGGGAGGAAGUGCUAAGACACAUUCAGAAAAAGAAACAUAUGGGAGAAGAUGAGGACAAAAGGUUAGCUGGUAAUUCCAGUCCCUACCACAAGGAGGUAUGGUGGGAGAAACAUAAUGACAAAAGAGAAAAUCUAGAAAAUGAAGAGGAAAGACACCAGGAAGAAAAACGUCAUUACCCAGAGGCUGUAGAAGACGACUGGUGGGACAAGAGGAGCGACGGUAUGGAAUAUGGACACCACGGAUAUGAGGAGAAACGGAACAACCUUCUGACCCAUCCCUUUCAAGAGAAAAGGCCAUUCUCUGGUAAUAGAAUAGAUGAACUAGCAAAGCUUUUGAAUUACAAGAAGGCAGUUGACUUUCUUUCUGAGGAGAAGAGAAGUCAUCAUGAGUUUCAGGAAGAAAAGAAAAACCCUCAUCAGAGGCCAUUCACGCAAGAGGAGGAGAAAGAACUUCAGAACCUGGCAUCCAUGGACCUACAGCUGCAGAAAAUAGCAGAGAAGCUUCAUGAAAACCGUAGAGGGUGAAAAGAGAUGAAUGCUACUGUGCACUCCAAAGCUAUUCGGAAAAUGAAUGAGUGUAGAAGAUAAAAUAGUAAACCUGCGUGGUUGUUAUAUACACAACAAAACAGAAAAUAACUACUGUCUACAACAUGUAGUGCUUCAUGCACACUGGAUAUAUUUGUAGUGUGCAGUUUUAAUGUUAUUAACUGGCAUGAGAAUUAUUUAGAAAAUAUAGACACGUUUUCAGCCUGUGCACUAACUACCAAUAACUAUCGUGAAGUGAUUGUUUCUGUUCUUGAGAUAUCUGUUUCAGAGUUUGCAAACAAUAAAAUCCAACAUUCUGGGACCAAACUUUUUUUUUUUUGGGAAAAGUUUUUUUAUUAAUCAUGACACAGACCCUAAAAAGAGUAUUAUAUACAAAUACACAUACAUACAGUACUUAGUAAAUACCCUGGUAUCUCUGAAUAGAUAAUUGUCUCCUCUAAAAAAAACAUACAAAAUAUUUUUAUUAUUAUUAUUAUUAUUAUUAUUAUUAUUAUUAUUAUUAUUAUUAUUAUUAUUAUUAUUUAUUUCUUAGCAGACGCCCUUAUCCAGGGCGACUUACAAUUGUUACAAGAUAUCACAUUAUUUUUUACAUACAAUUACCCAUUUAUACAGUUGGGUUUUUACUGGAGCAAUCUAGGUAAAGUACCUUGCUCAAGGGUACAGCAGCAGUGUCCCCACUGGGAAUUGAACCCACGACCCUCCGGUCAAGAGUCCAGAGCCCUAACCACUACUCCACACUGCUGACCCAUGAGCAAGACAUGUCACAGGUAGAAUGGUACUCCAAACUAUUCGUUUUCUAGGAAAGCAGUACAACUGGGGAUGGGGAGUUUGUUGCGGGAUAACUUCACUCAGACUUGUUCACUAAAUACCUUGGUAUUUAAUUGACUCCUCUUUAAAAAAAAAGAUGAUUAUCUAUUCAGAGAUACCAGGGUAUUUAGUAAGGGGUCACAGUAAGGAAACAUGGGCAAUACAAUCCCCACCACUAGUCUUGCAGUACCUCGUUUGUUGUUUCCAAACUUUUGAACCCUACCAAUAUAUAUGUGUGUGUGUGUGUGUCCUACUUUUCAGCUUUAGUACCAUUUUGAACCUUCACAGAUUAUUGUGGAGUUGAAGUUUAUAUCGCUGAUUUGGGUUUGCAGCCACUCAAGUCCCUCAUUUUUGUGUGUUGUUACAGGAAUUAUAAAAAUGCUUUCCUUUCUCAUCCCCUCUGGUCUAUGAAUGCAGACCUUUUAAAAGCAUUUCCCUAGAAAAAGCAAUGAAGAAAUAAUGCAGUAAUAAAGCAGUUAGCUAACCAGUAAUGCCAGGGUGCAGCAAACAAAAAGGGUCACCUUUCUUUACAAAAUAGUGAUACAUACUCUGUCUAAUAUUGUGAUAUCACUAGUCACCAGUGGCAGAUAAUAUCUCUUCAACUGACUUUAAAUACAAACUAAGCUGUCUAGCAAAGUAUAAUUAAUGGUAAGUUCUGUAAAACAAUCGUUCUCAUUUGUCUUCACUUGGCCACUGCAGGGAUCAUGGGAGGUGGAAGAAUAGUGCACUUAGUCUGCAUUUUUAAUGCUGUAAUAAGCCACUCCACUGAAAACUCAUGACAGGCAUUUCUUACAAUUAAAACUGCAGUUCCAAGGGAUUUGUUGAUACUUCAUAUGAAUGAAGUAUAACCUAAAGUCCAUGCAAUAUAAAAUGAUAUACACCACUAUAGCUGGACACAUUCAAUAAGCAUUCAUAAAUAAAGACUGACAUAGUUCCCCUGUCAAGUUUAUGUCUUUGCUCCAGCUCUAUUGUAAAGGUGCUAAAUCAGUUAAUUAUUUAAUUUUACCAAUAAAAAUAAAUGUACUUCUGCACCCGUGAAUUAAUUUUCAGAAUUAUGAGCACAGCUGAGCUGAAGACAGACAUGCAAUAGCCACAUUGUUUUAAUGAAUUAGAGUUUGGUAUUUAAGCUUUGCUGGGAACAUUUCGUUUUUUUACACAAUUACGAACAGAAUUAUUAACUGUACCUGAAGCAUGUUGCUAUAAAGGAUGCACAAGGUCUAUUUAAUUGUGUUAAUUAUGUAUCUGGAUCAUGCUGUGGAAUAAAUUUGUUCCUGAUUACAA